AAAGAUGUGGGUGAGUAUUUCAUGAUAAACAGCUCAACCGGAUUCCUUUCCCAAGUCAAACACUUCGAUUACGAAGAUACAGGCAUACAAUGCAACCUUGGAAAAGGAGGAGGGUUUGUGAAGAUUAUAGCUGAGGAUGGACUCUACAAAACAUCAAAAUCCCUGAGUGUGACGUUUAUCAACAUUGAUGAUGCUCCUCCACUGUUUGUUAGCAGUGAUUGUUCCACUGUGUGCUCUAAGUGUCCGAUAUUGUCUCUCAGUGCUAUUGUUCACUUUACUUAUCAUGGCCCGAUACUCACAAACCCACCCGGUAUAAAAGCGAUAGAUCUUGAUACAGAACAGUCAAAUAUCAUCGACUAUAAUUUAGAUAUCUACCCUACAAAGUACAAGGAUAUGAUACGUUUUGAGAACGGCAGAUUUGUCCUUCUGCAGUCGUUUGCGAAUUUCUCUGAAUAUAGGGAGGAAUCCGACUUCUCUGUAAUAGUGACCAUCCAGGCAACAGGGAGUAAUGGACAGACUUCGAAAAAAUUGUCUUUCACGAUAUACGUAAUGGUUGCUCCAAUAUCUUCCAGUCAGCAAACUUCAUUGAGUCAAACAGACGAGAUUAUGAUCCUGAGUCAGUCAACAAAGAACAUCAUAAUCAUUGUAUUGGGUGUGGUUGUUGUCCUUUUCUCUGUUGCUCUUGUAUAUGCUGUUUACAAAAUUAGAAGCCAGCAUAAGAAGGCAAAAGAUGGUGAAACUAGUUAUGAGGAAGUCAAACGGAAUACCGUAACAAAUGAAAACGUUUAUGCUACUAUUCAAAAUUAGUUACAUAAUCUUUGAAGAAAUAUGCGCACUUUCUAAUCUUGAGAAUCAAAGCAUACUGUAACUGAUAAUAUAUUUGCUUUUUAUGUGCAUAUGCAAAUGUAAAUAUAUUUGUAAAACUUCAACACCCUAGUUUUAAGACUUUUCAAUGUUUCUGCUUUAUGUAUUUAUUGUGUAAAAAGUUUUGGACGUGUUGUAAGACACCGUUUGUAUAUGGAAAAGAAUUCAUGUUCACAGAUAGGUCAACAAGUGGCCUAUUGCAGAUCUUUUAGAUUUCUUUCGUUUGACAGAAUAACAUGGUUUUAUUUUCUUCACAUUUAACGUAUAACGUGAGGGCAUGAUAAUUGUAUUGUUUUUUUUUUACAUUACGUUGAGCGAAAGUAUGGUAAAUUAACUUAAUAUGAAAAAGACAAGGCUUGAUUAUAAAAUGGAGAAGAAGAACUUGCUUUAGAGCGAUUAAUCCUUAAAAUAUUGAACUUGUUUACAAAAAUCAAUGUUGAGUGUAUAGUUUAUAACAACACAGAGUAGUGGAGUAAAACAUGGAAUGUAU